AUGGAGCCUAUGGAGCCUCGGAAGCUGGUGAAUCAACGAAAUGACUGUGAACCCGACCCACCCUUAAAAACAGAUCUGAGAGACGACUCGUCAAAGAGCGGAAAGGAGAAUGCGGUGAUUUGGCACAUGAGAUCCUGGCCACGAAAAUCCAAGGCAGCAGCCGUGACAGAGGUUGCCCGCGAGAGCAUCUGCGCAACAAACACGGGCUUGUCUGAAUGUAAUCGAUCAAGUACAGCUGUGCUACGGCCGUCAAGAACCCAAUCGAUAGACCUUAUGAAGAAGGGCAGGGCGUCAACACGGUCACUUCCCGCAGAAGUUACUACGACUCGAAUUAAUAUUGCGUCGAGCGGAUCGUUCCCCGUGCUGAACACUCCGGAUGGACUGCCUUCGACUGUAAAACUCGAUAAUGGGCAGUCUCAUACCGACCAAGAGCCACCAAACACGCUCCCUGACCUGAAGGAUGUUGCAGAGAGCGAUCAAGCUGAAUCAAAAGGAAGCCCAGGCGCAGGUGGGGAAACAACUGACCCAGGUCUCACAGCAGAAAAGGAUAUACAGACGAGUACAACCAAUAGGUCCUCUGGAUGGUUUGCCUGGCUUUCGCGCAAGGACGGGAUCGAUGAUCCCGUUGCUUCUGAGCACACCGAAAAUACUGACCGCUCACCAGACAAGUCUUUACCAAAGGAUGAAGUGACUCCAGAACCAGAACCAGAAGGUGUCUCUCAGCCGACGGCCAAUUCAGACCAGGGAAAUAUCGAAACGACCAUUCAGGGGCCUCUUGCAACUGACGACAAUACUUCGCUGGCAACCUCACAGAAAAGAUCCUGGUUAUUUAUGUGGACGAGCGGUUCUGCGCCGCAGCAAGCUGACUCUGGAAAUGGAGAAUCCGAGCAAGCUGGGAUUCGCUUGGUUGAAGAGGGGCCAACAAAGUCGGAUCAAACAGCUUCAGCCCAACAUGGAGACAUCUCGGAGACAGAGAACGGCGUGAGCGUGAAUGAGGAUACCCGACCUCCAGCGAAAGAUAUGCCCAAAUCUUGGCUCUUUUGGCCUAGAGACAAGCAGCCCGUAGAAACUGGGCGAAGUGGCUUGCAAGAAAUCCAGGCUACCACACUAGACGCGCCGCAACAGGAUACCGCCGAGACAUCUGCCGACAAAGCAGGUGCCAAAGUCGACCCAACUUUACCAACAACGAAACCCAAAAUCGUUUCGAAAGCGGGAUCGCUGAAGUCAGCGAAAGCCACAGCGGCCUUGAGUAUUGAACCUCCAUCUGAACAAGCCAGACAACCUGCUUCUUCGCGGGUAAAGAAAACCCAGGCUCUACCUAACCUAGUCUUACCGUCAUUUGAAAGUACUUUUCCCUUACAAGAACGCCCAGGCUUACUACGACAACUUGGAAGGUUAAUCUAUUAUGACAAGGGCCCAACGCCAAACCAUGUCUUGCGUGCACAUGACCGGCCGCAGGUGAAGAAAGCAUUAGCCAUCGGUGUUCACGGGUAUUUUCCAGCGCCAUUAAUACGAAAUAUCAUCGGCCAGCCUACGGGAACAUCGAUGAAAUUUGCAACUAUGGCAGAACAAGCUAUUCUACAAUGGGCCGCAGUGAAUGGUUCGCCCUGUCAGGUUGAGAAAAUCAUGCUAGAAGGCGAAGGUCGUAUAUCUGAACGGGUAGAUCUGCUAUGGAAGCUUCUACUCAAUUGGAUUGACCACAUUAGGACUGCUGACUUCAUUAUGGUAUCUUGUCAUAGUCAGGGAGUGCCCGUGGCGACGAUGCUGGUUGCUAAAUUGAUUGCUUUUGGUUGUGUUAGCUCGACUCGAAUAGGCAUCUGUGCCAUGGCUGGGGUGAACCUAGGUCCGUUCCCCGAUUAUAGAUCAAGGUGGAUAAGUGGUUCAGCUGGUGAACUCUUCGACUUUGCGAAUGGGGAGAGCAAGGUCUCGCUUGAUUAUAUGGCAGCUCUACAAACUGCACUUGACUUCGGAGUCAGGAUAACCGUGUCACAUUUGGUCGGUUUUGCUAUGAAGUUACGGAAUCUUGGAAUAUCAGAUCAUGGCCUUAUACGCGAGCUUAGCUCUCCAUUGGCAGGCAGUCUUUAUUCGGGAGAAGGGCAUUCUAGGCUAUACGAUGACGAAACAGUUUAUCGCCUGGCUGUCCAAUUCGCCCUGGAAACCACUUCUGCCUCCAACACAAAGCUAGAAAUCCAUCAACAUCGCGCCUCAGCUCCCGCGAAUCCUUAUAUUCUUCCCUUUGCUAUGCGCGGCGUCCUAGAGGAAGAGUACGUUCGUAGGGAAUUAUCCCAAGAGACAACCGAAUUGCUUCAGCAAUUUGAUGACUGGAAACCAUCCACGAAGGUUUUAAAGGAUGUUAAAUUCCGAUUGGAAGGCAUCCGGUCAAAACUCUGA